GCCGCGCAGGUCACCGACGUUGCGCCGUCCACCGUGCCCAAGCACUUCUCCGAGUACCUGGGCGCCCAUUGCAGAUCGCCCCGCGCUGAGCCCUUUCGCGCGUGGCCGGGCGUGGCGGAGCGCGUGGACAUGCGCGCGAACUGGAAGCGCUUGCCUAACGACUUCUUCACCGACCGCGUGGACGCGAUCAUCGACAACAUAGUCGUCCAGAUCCCGGCGUACGCCCGCGCGAAGACGCACGGGCUGCAGAAACACUUCCCCGAGCUCAAGGGCAACGAGCACCGCGUGAACGCCGGCGCGACGGCGAACGCGGCGGCUGCGAUUAUCAAGGGCAAGAUCCGCGCGUGUCACUACUCGACGAAGCGUUGGUGUGGCAGCGCCGCCUGCGACUUCUACGCGAAG